GGCGGAGCUGGAGGCCAACUACGCCAAGGGCCUGCACAAGCUGUCAGCCAAACUCCUGAAGGCGUCGAAGGAGAGCAUGGGCACCGUCAACCAGGCCUGGCAGAUGGUGGGGGCUGAGCUCGAACAGGAGGGAGAUCUACACAAAUCAAUUGCAUCAGCAAUCACAGAUGACGUUGUAAGACCACUCCGACAGCUCAUAGAGACACAGCACAAGAUCCGUAAAGGAGUAGAAAGCAUGGUCGACAAAACCACCAAGAAUCUGCAUGACUGGCGAGCAGCAGAAACCAAGUCCAAGAAACAGUGUUAUGGGAACUGCCGAGAAAAUGAGAAGAUUCAGGACAUGAUGCUCGAAGCGAGAUUGGGCCGAGGCAAAACCCUAUCAGAAAAGGAGGCUUUGAAGGUGGAGAAGCAAAGACGAAAAGCCGAAGAGGCAGUCCAGAAGAGUGACCUGGAGUAUUACACAUGUUGCAUCCGCACAGAACGAGCCAGACUUGAAUGGGAGUCUGCAAUUUACAAAGGCAGCAACUGUUUCCAGACUUUAGAAGAGGAACGUUUACAAGCACUGAAGGACCUUGUUGUAAAGUACCAUAAGAAUGCAAAGGAAGCUGCCCCGAAACUAGUUGCUAUUGCAAGCCGUCUUGAUGACCCUGUAGCUGCAUGCGAUGUAGAAAAAGAUAUACAGACUGUGAUAUCUGCCAAGGGAACUGGAGAAAAUAUCCCAGAACAAAUGCUGCCUGACUUCUAUGCUGAAGAUAUGAACAAUAUCAUGAACAGAGAAAGAAGAAAAGAGGCUCUGGAGAAGUUCAUACAAAUGCUGAAAACUGAUCUGGAGCGAGAGAGACGAGGAAAGCAAGGCGUUGAGAACUUGGCAAAGGCACUACAAGAAACACCUACCUUUGGGGGUGAAGAAUCUCAGCAAGAUGUUAAUGAUAAGCUGCAGCAUGAUGCCUACAACAGGCUGCAACAUAUGAAGGCUAUGUUGGCGUACUUGGAAGCUGCACGAUACAAAGUUCAGUGUUCCCUGGAUGAGCUCAACAACAGGCCCAGGAUGACCCAUCCCUUGGCCAAACACAUAGAAGUCCAUAGAGACAAACAGGGCCUCAACUUCUCAGUUUUGAAGGUUCCACCAUGGGUACGAGGGAACAGUGUAGACGUCUCUCCGGCUAGCGACUCACCAACAGGUUCUCCCAAUUGGAAUGACAGAGGCACUGCCGAUGGUACUUCAGUUCAGCCAGAUUCAGAUUUUGAACCCAUAGUAGAGAAACCAGUACCACCUCGCAUAGACUCCCUCAUUCCUACACCCCCUGUAAGAACUAAAGCAUCGGCAACAGCAACCACCGCUGAACCUAAUGAGGAAAAAGAGAACAAAGCACCCUCGGGAACAACACCCAAGCCGUCAAAAGUCCCCCAUGUGUUUAUGUCGCCACCCCGUUACCCUUCCCUCAUGAUCAUUGCAGACGAGUUCAGCUCCCAGGGCUCAGACCGAGACUACCAGACCGCCGUAACAGAGGACAAUUUAGACUCAGGGAUCAAGGACGGCACCUAUUAUGCUCGUCCUCUUGAAUCUGUGCCAACAGUUGGAAGGUGCAAGGCGCUCUAUGACUAUGAGGCCAAUAUGUAUGAUGAGCUCACCAUCAGAACAGGUGAUAUAAUCAACAUCCAUGAUAAACAGCCCGAUGGUUGGUGGGUCGGUGAGCUGGAUAGUGUUGUCGGUAUAUUCCCUGCGACGUAUGUUGAGGAAAUCGAUUGAUGGCAGCCAUGCCCAGAGUGCUCAGCUCUUGCCACAAAUGUAGUCCAGUGCCCACACCAAUAUCUGACGUGUGAGGAAAGCUUUGCUUAACUUAUAUAUUUUUUUAUAGUCCCUGCCUUUUUGUAGAAGAGAAGAGAUAUGGAAAGGAAAACAUUCUGCUGAACGGUAAUGAUCUUGGUAAAUUAAUAUCUUACGUUGAUGCUGUAAAAUGUUAGAGAUAUUUUAUGUUGAAGCUGUAGUCCAUAUUUUGCAUAGUGUGGAUACUACUGAAGGCAAGAAUACAAUAAGAUGAAGCUGAACUGAAAAUGGGCAGGGACUGGGCAGUAAUGACUACAAGAUUGCUUAACUGUAGAUAAUGUUGUAGCAUGUUAUAUUCAUAUAGUUUGAAUUUUAUUGAUGGCACUUGUUAAAACAGCACUCUGAGGCAUAUGAAGAUGUGAUUCUAAAGAGGAGAAAUGAAUCACAGUAUUGUUCUGUGUGUUAUUAUUUUCUAUAACAUAACAGGAUGGAGAUCUAUGUGUUCUGAACACAGUCUGCAUAUAACUACUUAGCUAAAUGAAGCUUUACUUUUUGCUCAGAUUACACGAAGAAUAUUACGAUUGUGGGGGUAUGCUGCUGUGCCUAUUCACGGAUAGAAUAGGUGGAGGCAUAUCACGCAAGUCUCUUAUUUUAUUUUAUUUUUUUUUACUGUAGAUUGCAUCUGCAGACUUUUUCUACAGAUAUUAUAAAAAAUCUGAAAAUAUGUUGUGUGCCAUUGUGAUUCUGUAAAAUAUACAAUUUUUCUUUUAAUGCUUACAUUAUAUAUAAGAUGUGUAUAUAUUUUAUGACAGUCUUCCAGAUUGCUUAUGAUUGUUAAUGUGCAUUAUUUUUAUUUCAUUUUCAUGAACAUUACUCAUUAGCAGUUAAGAAUAUCUUACACACCAUGAGAAUUCCUUGAAACUCUGUUGCUUGUACUUCACCAACAAGAGGACUUGAAUCCAUAAUCUGUCAAGUCAGGUGUAUGAAAAUGCAAGCAGAAACUCUAAGUCAGUUAGUAUUGCAAAGUCAGAAGGAUUUCAAGAAAUUUUCCUAUCAAAAUUUUGAAGUACACUGUCUGCUUCAAAAAGUGAUUGCCAAAGGUUUCAAAGCAGAACAAAUUGCUUGACACAAUCUUAAGAUAUGUUUCUCUUAUACAACUGUCCUGUAAUAAUGUCUGUUUGAUCUAGCAGAUUUCUCUUUAUUUGCUUUAAUUCUUCCAUUACUGUCAGAUCUGAUAACAAACUGUCCCAAAGAACAAAACUAAAAUGAAAGGAGUAGCAUCCGUUGGAGAAAUGUUCCAGUAGAGAUGAUAUACUUUACAAGCAACUAGAAUCUUUUGUAUGUUUCAUGUUUUUUUUUUCUUUCUGUCAUUAUCAUCAUUAUUAUUUUUAUUUUGUUUUGUUCUCUUUGAGUUUGUGACUUGAGGAUAUUUGGUGUUUUCUUGUAUGUUUUAUCAUCUCAUAUUAUUGUCUUAGUAUUGUGAUUGUGUUACUUAUUGUACCCUUUAAAAAAAAUCUUGUGAGUGUGUGUCCUUCACAUGGAUAGAACUGCUUUAGUACAUUGUCCCCUUUUCAUUUUCUUUGUUUUUUUUUUUUCUUCAAUAUGUAAAACUACAGAAAUUAAGGACUGUAUAUGUUACUGUAUACCUUGGUUAUAAUAUUAGAUUUUUUAUACUUUUUGCUAUAACGUAUUCCAUUUCUGUACAUUGUUGUAUAUGGCUGUUGUAAUUUGAAAUGUAUAUAGUUUCAAAAUAGUUACAUGUUUUAUAGAAACAUUUCUUGUAUUGAAUAGUCAUAUAUGCUGAAUAAUAAGGAUUGUAUAUUGUGUUUUAAGAAGUCUCUUGGUACAGUAUUAUUUAUUUAGAUGUAUCAGUGUAACCACAAGAUUUCAUCAUUUGUUAUUAUUAUUAUCAUAGAUAGCAACUUCAAACUCAUGUUAAUCAGUUGAAGUAUAAUGGUAUUCUGUUACUGUUCUUGAGGACUUGAAAAUCUAUUAAACCUCUGCCGUUUGAGAAAUAGUAGACAUCCCUCGAGUCGGGCUAGACUUGCAUAUAAUGAUCCCUUAUAAGUAACUGCUUAUGUUUGGUGGAAAUGACACAGCUUUAGAAUAGCAACAUUUUCAUUAAAAGGAAGUCUGUUUUAGUGCUGAAAUACCAGGUGUCUUAAAUGUUGGACUUUGACAAAUGGGUUUCUUACAUCCACUGUGACAGAAGCUAAGCCAUUGUCUAACUUCACAGCCGAGUAUGUGACUACAUACACACAUAUAUAUUAGUAUUAGAAUUUUUCAUCAGUCAUAUAAAACUAAUGGACAGAUUCCUAAUUACUGGAAGUGAUUUUUUUUUAGUGCUGACAAUCACUGAAUCAGAGAUGUAGUUCUCUGGGACCAACUGACUGACGCAAAUGCCAAGUGUGCAUAUGUGUGCUGGUGUUGGAAAUAAAUCUUUGCCAAGCA